CGGGGCCAUGAUUUCGUAGGAGUUAGCGGUCUAGUAAUAUAUAGAAGUCUGUGGUGAUAGCUCUAAGCAGUCUUUACUAUGUCUAUGAUUGUAUAUGUUUAGUUGCUAAAUUUUAUAAUAUUAUCGCAAUAUUACAUUGGUUGUGCGACGAUUUUUACAAUAUUUUCACAAUAAAAUAUAUUGUAAAUAUAUAUUUCUCUCUCACUCUCGCAAAUUAUAAAAACUGUUAUGGGUUGCGAUGGUGGUACUAUUCCUCGUAGAGAUGAGCUCGUUAGAGUAAAAAAAAAACCUGAACAGAAAGACAAGCAAGCAGAGCUAGCUUUCAAAUGGAAGCAUUGCACAAUACGACAAUUGCCAUUACAACUACCAAUUGUGGGUUGCAGUUUGGGUCGCUUAUAUAGCAAGGAAUCUGUGUUAGAAGGUCUUUUAGAUCGCAAUACGCUUCCAGAAUCUGCUGUACAUAUUAAACAUUUGAAAGAUGUAAGGAACCUCAAUUUGACACCAAACCGUGCAUUUGAUGGUGAUAAAGCUGAAAAAGGAGAUGGUUAUACAGAUGGAGGCAAAAGUCCAUACAUUUGUCCAGUGAUUGGUUUGGAAAUGAAUGGGAAAUACAAAUUUUGUUUCUUAUGGUCGUGUGGUUGUGUGAUGAGUGAACGUGCUCUCAAAGAAGUGAAGAGUAUGACGUGUCACAAAUGUCAACAACCAUUUGAAGAAAUGGACAUUGUCAUAUUAAAUGCAGAAGGUGAUGAUCUAGAACUUAUGAAGAAACGUGCAAUAGUUAGGAAAGUUAACCAAAAGAAAAAAAGAAAGUUAAGCAAUGAUGAACUGACAGAAGAAAAGAAAAUGGACGAAGUACUUAAAAAAAAGAUAAAAAAGGAGGACAAAGUAAUACCUAAGCUCAGUAAUGAUCAAAGUGAAGCUAAUGAUCCUGCUUACAGAAAAGCUAAAAGCGAUUAUAGCAUUGCAAAAGAUCCUAAGGCAUCAGAAGUUUUUAAAAGUAUCUUUACUACUCAUAAAUCAGCUGCAGACCAAGAUAGAGCACAUUGGAUUACUUAUAAUCCAUUUUAUAACUAAUUAUAUAUAUAUAUAUAAAAGUUCAAAAUUAUUUUGUUGAAAAUAUUAUUUAAAAAAUGAAAAAACAAUUAUAAGUGAAAACAAUAAUUUAGAGAUUUAUAAG